UCAAAGAGUUAGCUACUCUCUCUGAAGAAUCUCAAGAACGAAUCAACCGGAUCUACCAGUUGCCUGAUUGUGACAGAUCCUUUUCACAGCAUCUUCCGAGUUCAAGCCAGUAUUCCUCGUCAGACAUGUCAGCACCAGUCAAAGCUCCAGAGAUCUUUGAUCUCGACGAAUUGGACAGUUAUGCUAUUCCUGUUCAAGUGAAGAAAGAACCUAGCAAACCUGCUUCUACCUCCAAACCAGCAUCUGGUCCUAAAUCGGCAGUUGUUCCCAAGCCUUCUCCUGCUACCAAGCCACGUGCCUCAAGUUCCCGAAAAAGAAAGGAAACUGACUCUCCAGCCUCAUCUGAAACCUUCCCCUUUGAGAACCACGGGUUCGUUGAGUCCAGUGGCUUCAUGACUGGCUUUCUUAAUCAGGGUCUGGAACGUCUCAUGUCCCUCUAUGAGGAUGCUUGUGGGCUGAACAAGAUGCUGGAGAUCAAGCUCAAAAAAGCCGAGGAAACCAUUGCUGAUCAAGGGAUAAUCGCCAAGGCACAGUCUCAGCACUACGAAGACAAAUUCAAAGCCGUGACCCAAGAAGCCAAAGCUGCUAUCAACAAGGCCACCGAAGAUGCUCGAGCCAAGAUGGACGCCGCCCAACUCCAAUUGAGCAGGAUAAGACUUCCUACCGAGAUGGUCUCAAGGGGUCAGUUGUAAUCUCCCUCCUCCAAGCCAGAUUAAAGAUGGCUUAUGAAGCCAAAUCCUUGGGCUUUGAAUGCCCUUCCUGGGAUGUGAAGGCUUGGGAGGCAAAACUGAGAGACCUCGGGGGAAGUCCUGUUGAGUAUCCUGCCAAGCUUGCGGGUGAAGAGCCUUCCAAGGCAGCGGAGGAAGCGGCGGAUGCUGAGAAGAAUCCCGGGGGCGAUGCUGGAGCAGGUGCUGAUGGAGUGGUGGUUGAAGAGGGUGCUGCCCCUUGAAAACAGCGAAGUGGGCGAUGAUGGAUGUUUUAUGCCGAGGUCGAAGCCCACUUUUUUAAGCUUGAUGGUUGUGAUCUGUUGAACAAUUUAUUUUCCAUGUCUUUUGAACAAUUUACCUUUCCUGCAUUAGAACAAUUUGAUAACCAAAGGUGGAUGUG